UCCUUGCUCUAUUGAAUCAUCGGGAGGGGGAGGGGGAGGAAGGGGCGAUGGCGAUGGCGAUGGCGAUGGCGAUGGCGAUGCAGCGGAUAGUGGUGAUGCGGCACGGCGACCGCGUCGACCACGCGGAGCCCUUGUGGCCCGCAAACAGUCCGCGCCCCUGGGACCCUCCCCUCACCGACGCCGGCCUCCUCCGCGCCUGGACCGUCGGCAAGCGCAUCCGCUCCGCCGCUGCCGCCGACGGCUUCCAAAUCCACCGCGUCCUCGUCUCCCCCUUCUUCCGCUGCCUCCAGACCGCCUCCCAGGCCGUCACCGCGCUCUGCGCCCUCCCCGACGACAAUGCCCUGCUCGACCUCCACUCCACCGCCAAUCUCCCCCUCGACCCCUCCCGCAUCAAGGUUUCAAUUGAAUAUGGGUUGUCCGAGAUGAUGAAUGCUCAAGCAAUGGGCCUUCUUGUUAGCCAGGUUGCUCCCAGCAUUGACAAGUGGUUUCCUGAUUUGUCACAACUGGAAGCUGCUCUGCCUGCUGGUACUAUUGACCACUCUGUCGAGCCACUCUACCGGGAGGUACCUAAAUGGGGGGAAUCUGUCUCGGAGGCAAGAAGCAGAUAUGCUAGUGUGAUCAAGGCUCUUGCUGACAAAUACCCUGACGAGAACUUACUUCUGGUGACGCAUGGUGAGGGUGUUGGUGCGUCAGUGUCAUUCUUUGAGCCGGGUGCGGAGAUUUACGAGGUGGAGUAUUGCGCCUACUCUGUCCUGGGAAGGCAGCAGCAGCAAAAGGCCGAGCUUAAACUAGGAGCUGAGGAGGAGGGCUUGACGAAUCUUACAGUGCUGAGCACAAGUGGACCUACAGGCAUACACUACUACUACACUACCCGAGCUUUAUGAGUCCUCAACUCUGAUGAAGAAUCAGCAGCAGCAGCAGCUAGCUUCCUGACUUGAAUUCACAGCAGCAAGAGCUUUGAGACGCGUCUUGUUAUUCAGCUAGUAAUUUUCGUGGCUGGACUUCUCAUGUUUAGUUGUCACUCGAUCGUGCCAUUUGCAGAGGCGGGAUUCUGAUGGUUUGUUCAUCUGUGUACCUGCGCUGCGUAUACUUACAAAUAAUGAGCAGAGGAUAGUUAGAAACGCAUGUAGUGCAUGGUUUGGGUAAGCAGCAGUACAAAAUACAAAUAGACUGUCUAUCUUUGAUGAAUAGAAUGGUGAAACGGUGAUGUCCAGAAAGCAAAUUGUAUUCACGUCAAUAUCGUUAUCGUUAGGCAUUAGCUAGAUUCUUCAGCAUCCACCUACAUAAAAGUGCGCCUGGAUUGGACUUUGUGCUUUAC